GGAUUUAUUAACGUCCGGAGGGAAACUCUCGCCCAUUGCAAAAUUCCCCGCUCACUCCUCACUCGCACUUUCCCGCCAUGGCGGAGGACGCGGAGAUGGGCGACGGCGCCGCGAUGCUCUUCCACCGGAAACAAUCGAUCUAUCGAAGCCUCGAUGAGAGGUACGAGAUCCAUGGGGAGAGGUAUCGAGGACAACAGUAUAGCCAAAUCUACUUCAUGCGCCUCCACCACAUGAGGAACCUCCUCCGCUCCCUCGUCCCCAAAUGGAAACCGAACAUGCCGGUUAAUACGGUUUUAGGGCUGGAAGAAGGAAAAGAGUGCAUUUUAGUCGGAACUCUAUACAAGCAUAUGAAACUCAAACCUUCUAUACUCGAUGAAUACUCCAAGGAGAGAUCCGCCCUUCCCCUUGCCAAGCCGCAUAAUUUCAUUCAUCAUGAUGAUCAUCUUAUUUUGGAAGAUGAGAGUGGAAGAGUUAAACUUUCUGGAUCAGUUCUUGCUCCUGCAGCUUUUGUAACAGGGGUCGUAGUAGCUCUUCAUGGAAAGGAAACAAGUGAUGGUGAUUUCUGUGUUCAAGAUGUUCUGGAAGCUGGUCUACCCCCUCAAAUUGAGUUACCAAUUGGCCCGGGAGAAGACAAAUAUGUGGUUUUUGUGUCUGGAUUAAGUGUUGGGAGUAGCGAAUUCAACCCUCUGCAGUUCCAACUUCUUGUCGACCAUAUAACUGGACACUUGGGUGAUGAGAAUGAACAAAGCAUUGCAUCCGAGAUAGUUCGCCUUCUAAUUGCUGGAAAUUCUGUACAAAUUUCACAAGGCCUUGUCAAUGGUCAGAAUAUAGCGCCCAAGGAUCAUUCCAAGAUAACAGAGCCACUCAAAGAGCUUGACAUAAUGUUAACUCAGCUGGUGGCUGCUAUGCCUGUGGAUAUAAUGCCCGGAUCUAAUGAUCCAGCAAAUUUCUCCUUACCUCAGCAGCCAUUGCAUAGGUGUCUUUUCUCUGGAGCAUCCGCCUAUAAUACUUUUGUGUCUUCCACAAAUCCUCAUCAGUUUGAGCUUGAUAAUGUCCAGUUUCUUGGGACAUCUGGUCAGAACAUAGACGAUCUCAAUAAGUACUCUGACGCCAAAGACAAGCUUGAGUUUAUGGAGAGGACAUUAAGAUGGAGGCACCUUGCACCAACAGCUCCAAACACCCUUGGAUGCUACCCGUACACUGAUAAGGACCCAUUCCUCCUUGAAAGUUGUCCUCAUGUUUAUUUCGUUGGCAAUCAAGAUAAAUAUGAGACUCGUUUAUUGGAAGGACCUGAGAAACAACUAGUGAGGCUUAUCUGCAUUCCCAAAUUUUCCGAGACUGGAGUUGCUGUAAUGCUCAAUCUGAGAAACUUGGAAUGCCAUGCUCUCACUUUCUCGACCAACUUGGAGUGCUGAGUUUGAACGCAGCUUCCAUUCGAUCGGAGGUGAUCGUCUACCGUCAACUACAAAACUAAGUGUAUUGCUUAUUUAGAAAUGCUAGGCUUUCUUCAUUCAUGUUCUGGAUAUGAACUAUUGUUCGAAAGUUUAUAGAAUGAUUCCACUUUUGCUGCCGCAUCUUUUACCUCACUUGUAUCGCAGCCGUAGUUUCUACCUCUGGAAAGAUGUUUUAUUUGUAUUCUAUAAUACAACCAUAUGAUACUGAGCAUGCUAUAUUGAGUGUAUGAUUGUGUCGAA